CUCCCCGAGCAAGGCCGAGCGCAGGGGCUCGCUGGAGCUCGGGGUUUGGGCUAGACGCCCCUCCGCUCCCUUCGCGUCCCCGGCCGGCCCGACUGCGCCCCUGCAGGCUGCCGGCGGCGCUGCCUCGCCGCCUGCACCGCCGGGAGGGAGCGCGAGGGGCUCGCGGCUGCCGGAGACCUGCUGCCGCGGCCGGGCGGCUCCCACAGCAGCCGGGAUUAGCAACAGCCGGAGGCCCCCGCAGUUCAGCUUUCAGCGCGGCGGGGCGGAGGGCGGCGCUGCGAGUGCCUGAGAGAGGAGCGGCGAGCAGCUGUGCUGCCCGGCAUCCCUCCUCACGCCGCCGCUCGAGCAGCAGCCCCGAGACUUUUGUGCUCCCUCCAAACAUGGAUUUAUUCUUCCUGAGGUUACUCGCGGUGGCCUGGCUUCACCUGGAGGCUGCGGCGGAGUUUGACGGAAGGUGGCCCAGACAAAUAGUCUCCUCUAUGGGAUUGUGUCGGUUUGGAAGUAGAAUUGAUUGCUGCUGGGGCUGGGCCCGUCAGUCAUGGGGGCAAUGCCAACCUUUCUACGUCUUAAGGCAGAGAAUAGCCAGAAUAAGGUGCCAGCCCAAAGCUAUAUGUCAGCCUAGAUGCAAACAUGGUGAAUGUAUUGGACCAAACAAAUGCAAAUGUCUCCCAGGGUAUACUGGAAAAACCUGCAACCAAGCUGAGCACCUGUAUACAAGCCCAACUGAUCGGCACAGUGAACCACCUCUAUUUCGCCCCCUGGAUCAUCAUGCAACAAAUGUGCCUUCAAGGGAUCUAAACGAGUGUGGAUUAAAGCCUCGGCCAUGCAAACAUCGAUGCAUGAAUACCUACGGUAGCUACAAAUGCUAUUGUCUGAAUGGAUACAUGCUUAUGCCAGAUGGAUCAUGUUCUAAUGCUCUUUCUUGUUCAAUGGCAAACUGUCAGUACGGCUGUGAUGUCGUGAAAGGAGAGGUACACUGCCACUGUCCUUCUCCAGGCUUGCAGCUAGGGCCUGACGGUAGAACCUGCAUAGACGUUGAUGAAUGUGCGACUGGGAGAGUUGUCUGUCCCAGAUUUAGGAAAUGCGUUAAUACUUUUGGAAGCUACAUCUGCAAAUGUCAUAAAGGCUUCGACCUGAUGUACAUUGGAGGCAAAUACCAAUGCCACGAUAUAGAUGAAUGCUCAAUUGGCCAGUAUCAGUGUGGCAGCUUUUCACGAUGUUACAAUACCCAAGGAACCUACAAGUGUAAAUGUAAAGAAGGAUACAGAGGCGAUGGAAUAAACUGCCUGCCUAUUCCUAAAGUUAUGAUUGAACCAUCUCGUCCAAAUAAUAUAUUCAAGGGCAAUACUACACUUCCGAAGGGCAGCAGCGGUAUGACCAAUAGGAUUCCUGACAUUGGAGGUACAAGACAGCCCCUGAGACCACCACAUAUACCAGCUAUUAUUACAGUAAGGCCUGCAGCCAAGCCAACAGUACAACCUACACCAAAACCAACAAUAUGGCCUACACCCAAGCCAACUACUAGGUUUGUACCAAAACCGAUGACAACAAGACCACCACUGAAGCCAGCAACAAGGCCUCCAACACCUCCACAACCUACAACAUCAAAACCUGCACCAACAGCAAGAACCCCACAGUUAACAACUAAAGACUCUUCUCUUGUUCCCACUGAAACUACCUCUCCCCAAGGAUUUACAGUUGACAACAGAAUACAAAUAGAACCUCAGAAACCACGAGGGGAUGUGUUUAUACCACGACAGCCUGGAGUGAGCAAUAAUCUGUUUGAAAUAUUUGAAAUUGAAAAAGGGAUUAGUGCAGAUGAGGAUGAAGCAAAUGACGAUCCAGGUAUCCUGGUGCACAGCUGUAACUUCGAUAGUGGUCUGUGUGGAUGGAUCAAAGAUAAAGAUGAUGAUUUGCACUGGGAACCACUUAGAGAUCCAUCAGGUGGACAGUAUGUGACUAUCUCUGAACCCAAAGGCAAAGAGGGAAAAGUAGCACGUCUGGUCUUGCCACUUGGCCAGUUAGCUCAUUCAGGGGACUUGUGUCUGUCCUUUAGGCAUAAGGUAUCUGGACUACAUUCUGGUCUACUCCAAGUGUUUUUAAGAAAAAAUGGUGCUCAUGGACCUGCAGUUUGGGGAAGAAAUGGUGGCCAGGGCUGGAGACAAACACAAAUAACUUUGCAAGACUCAGGCAUCAAAAGUGUUAUUUUCAAAGGUGAAAAAGGGAAAGGCAGAACCGGGGACAUUGGAUUAGAUGAUGUGAGCUUGAGGAAAGGCCGCUGCUCUGAAGAACAUUAGCAACACCCACUAGACUGGCAAAGAAUAUAUACAAUUUCUCUUUCCCUUCAAUCCUAUUCCUAUCAAGUUAAAAGAAAACGGUGGGCCAAAGUGGAAAAUAUGGACAGUGAUCACCUCGUUAGCCCACUUUUGUGCAAAUCCUAGUGAAACUCUACUUAAAAUAAUGCCAAUUGUCUGUAAGGAUGCAAAGUUCAAGCCAAUAUUGGGUGUUUUUAGUAUUAUUCCUUGUCCACAUACCUUUAUCACACACAAAGUACCUUGUACCAUGCCUGAAAGAUGCUCAUAUUAAAUGGGCAGGGAGGGAGUGGGAGAGCCAACUGUGGCUAAAUGUCAUCAGAAGAGAUCUCCAGCUCACAGCAGUAGUAUUAACUGUUGUUCUGUGUUUUGCUAUAGUGCUACCAUUACACUGAUGAUAAGGAUAUGCUGUGCGAUUUGUCUGACUUCAUAAUUUGAAGUUAACUGAGGCCUGGACCUGAACUUUGGCUAUUUUACUGCCAUUGACUUUUAAAGAAGGGUGUGUUACAUAUCAAAUAGCAUUUAUUCUGAUGUAUCUAUAUUAACAAAAGGCAGUUAUGUAGAGUAGGUGCUGCAUCCCUUAAUAUUGCUAGUACUGUGUUGUGUAAAUGUGUGUGGUUACUAAUGUAUUUGUUUCUUAUAUUUACAGAUUCCAGUUGCAAGGUAAAUGGCAGCUGUGCUUUCAAGCUAAAAUACAGUAUGUGAGCUCAGUGUGUUUUUUGACCCUCUGCUGGUGACCACUGAUAAAUCAGCAGUGUCCUGACAUUUUCUAUCUUUUGGCCCUAAAUACUAGUGUGAUAUUUUUCAUGAGGUUAUGACUGAAAACAAAGGGCCAGAUCCUCAGCUGGUGUACACUGGUGUGUAACUCAAUGGGUUGCCAAAGGCCUAAGUUAGUUUACACUAGCUGAUUAGCAAGAUGCUGCCUACUAUCAACUCCCAUUGAUCUCUCUGGGAGUGUAGGAUGCUGAGCACUGCCAAGGAGGUGCUUUUGCAAUUGACAAUCAAUAGGAUGGGCCACAGUCUGUGCUGAUAGUAAUUGUUACAACCCAUCUAAGCAGCACAAGUGAGUCAGUUCUAAUGCAUUGAAAUAUAACUGACCAUUGAAUCUUGCACCUGUACGAGGUCCUUGCCCGACUGCUCAGAAAACGACAACAUUUAGAGCUAAAAUGUUCGUUCUAGAGGGAAUUAGUAUUUGCCAGAAUAUUGGGCUUUUUCUUUUAGUCAUCCAUUUUGGAUGUGAUAAAUGUACAGCUCCAUGGAGAAAUAUUGAAUUUCUCCACUUGGCUUGUCUAGCCUUUUUUAAAUGAAAAAGCUUUACUAUCAGCAUUGAGAUCAGUUUUAAAUUUGACAAACUUAUCUUUAUAUUUAAGAAAGUUAGAAGCAAACUUAAUAGAUUGUUGUUCUAGGGAGACAACCUUAAAAUUUCAAAAAGGGGAAGAAGACAAAAGGCCUUAUGACCUUUUAAAAUAAUUAAAUGUAAAUUACUAAUGUAAGCGCAAUGUAUAAUUAUAUAUGAUCUUAUAAAAGUUAUUUCUGGUUUCAACAAAAACCUGUGUCUAGUCUUGCACACUCUGUCCAUACGGAUGACAUUGCAAGAUGUCAAAGGCCUUAUUUCAAACUCUCGCUAAGACGAGAUAUGUCCCAAUAAAUCUACCAUGGUUUUGGAUUUAGUAGCUCAUCCUAAAAGGAUUAAAAUAUACUUUGUACUAAGAUACGUUUUAACUGUUUUACCAAAUCAUAUUACAGCCCUUCGAGGUCCUGGUAAAAUGGCUAGAAUAGGGAUCUAUUCCAUCCACAGAAGAAAGACCCACUCAGGUUUUAAUCAUUCUGCAAUUAGGACUGGGCAUAUGGAAGUUUUGUUAGUGCAGAUGGUAUAUUACAGGUCAGUGCAUUAUUUCUGCCCAUUCAACAUGCAUAUGUACAGGCAUGUACCAAUAGAAGUUGGGAUCUCUGGAUUUUGAUUAAUUUCGGAAGUAGUGAAUGGACCUUUCAUCAGUAUUGCAGUAUACAACAAUAUUAUGCCACUGUCUAUGCUUGAAUGAGUUAAACAAAUCCUUACAUUUAAAUAAGUGAACAUUACAGCAAGAGGCAAAAUUAAUACUAUAAACAGCUACAUUUUCACUUUGUUGGUGUACAGCAUGUAAUGGCUCACCUUCCAAACAGCCCCUCGAUAGUUCAUCACUCACCUCUAGUGAUUACUCUGUCUGAUUUGAUUGAUGGAGUCGAUUGAAUUGUCACCAGCCCCCUGCAAAAGGUUUAAAAAAAAAAAGUAUUUAAGGAUUUAAGACUGUGAGCUUCUUCGGUCCACUUCAAUUUUGGUAGAGGAGACAACAUUUAACUUUGUUGGGUCAUCUUUUCCCCUUUUUGCAUGAUUCUCAGUCCUCCUGCCAAAGUUCCUGAUCUUGCAAUGAGCUCUAUGCAAGCUCACACCCUGAAUCCAUGCAGAGAGUCACCAAUGUGAGAGAGAGUUAGCAAGGACAGAAGGGUCUGCCCACAUGGAGUUCAUUAAUUGGGGAUAUAACUAGCAGAGACUACCAUUUUCCAUACAUUCCAGGCACAAUUUCAGGUGUGCAGAUGACUAUGUGAGAUCUGAACAGAACCUUAAGACCUUGUUUAUAGCUACCCAUUUCCUUUAUUGUUCAACAACUGCAUAGCUGGUUCUAAAGAAAAUCCUCCUGAAAAAUCCAUUCGAAGUGUCAACAAGAAGAUAUUGUGCUAAACUCUAAUGGAAACAGUUAUCAAACGUACUGUAUAUCAUUUUAACUGGCUUAUAAUUUAAGUUUUUGAAGAAAUGUUAACUUUCCUCCCAAACUGACUGAAAAUAAAGAGUAUCUUAUAGGCACUGAGUACAACUGAA